AUUCUCUCGCCCGCUACAAAGUAUCUAGCGCGGCGCUUCCGAACUUUUUUCUGAAUGGGCCGCUUCCAUUCACGAGGCAGUGGCGGGGGAAAAAAGCCCCCCCCCCCCGGCGCGCGACUUCCCGGCUCCGUAGCUGAUUAGGAAGCGGCGCCCGAUCCUAUCCCGGGGAGGCGAGGCGCGCACGUGCCCGGCUGGCUUGUCCGCCCGGAGCUGCUGACGCUCAAAGGCGGAAGGCGGCCGGCGGGGCUCGGCUACUAGGGAGGGACUUCCAGGAUGGCGGCCAGCAUAGAUGAGUGGGUGGGCUGUGCUUACCUCUUUCUCCAAGCAACCGCAGAAAAGGUCUUUCUACCUACAUUCUACAAAAGCCCAGAGCAGAGGCCCUCCGUGUACAAAGCAUUGAAGGUGGCAUUUGCAGAAUCCACAGGGGACUUUAGCAGGGUGGAUAUUUUGAAGGUUCAUUGUAGUGACCCUGAUCUGAUCAUCCAGCUCAAAUUCAACAAGCAAGAGAACUGCAGAAAGUUCCUGCAAAGCUACCAGCAAGGAGAACUUCAAGAAGCUCUCCAGAGAUCUCUCAAGUUCUACUUGUCCUUGCCCAGCCUAGAGCUCCUCAAAACGGAGCUGAGGGCUGGUGCUGAAAAGUUGGAUUCCAUCAUCCAAGAAGAACAACGUUGUCUGGAAAGCAUCUCUCGCGAGAAGCCGGAUCAUCUUAUAGAUGAAGCAGUAGCAGAGCUGGAAGCAUGUCUCAUGAAUCUUUCAUUUCAACAAAAGGGCACUCGAUCCCUGAAAUGGCAGCUCUCUUCCGAAUCUUCCCUCCCUACUUUAAAUUCCUCACCUCCGUCUUCUGGCCCUCCGGAGAUUUCAAAGGCUUCGGUUGAAGAAGACACCUUCUUUUUCCAGAACCAGCAAUUUGCCAACAGAAAAAUCACCCCCGAUGACCACCAGAAGUUCGCUAAACUGGUAUCCAAGAAAUGGAAACAGGUGGGCCGGUCCCUCUACCUGCAGACCAAAUGCCGAGCCCUUCGGGACCCCUUCAUUGAUAACCUAGCCGUUGAAUACGAACGUGAAGGCCUUUACGAACAAGCAUACCAGUUGCUACGCAGGUUUAUUGACUCCGAAGGCAAGAAGGCCACCAUUCAGUGCCUGGUAGCUGCCUUGGAAGACAAUGGCCUCAUCAACUUAGCCGAAGAACUUUUGGGUCUCCACCAAAGUGACUUGUGAAGAAGAAAAAAAAGUGUCUUUUUUUGGAGACUGCUAGCUUUGUGCCUCUGCGAUUGAUUGAUCCUCCCACUGGACUUUCUUGUGCAUCUUAUUCAGUCCCUGAUCAACUAUGGCUUCUUCUUAUGAUUUGUUUCCCAACAAGAAUCAAGUCCAAAAUCCUGAAGUCAAACUGGAAAAUCAAGUAUGGUUUCAGCAAGAAAUUGCAAGCAUGCUCUGAAAGAGCAGUGGUCCUUCUAAUUGGAAAUGGAAAAGAUGACCUCACCAGACACUGUCAGAUUCAGGAGAUAUCCGUAGCACAGGAGAGGGUGGGUAGAAUAAGAAGGAAUGGGUCCUUAUCAGAGGAAGACCCCAACCUGGAAAUAAGGAGGAAUUUCCUGACAGUGAGAACAAUUAAUAAUAGAACAGCUUCGGGGUGGGCUUCAAAAAUUUUACCAAGGGGUUCUCCGCCCUGUUGCUGGGUGGGCGUGGCCUAGUUGGCCUCCUGCAUAGGGAGGCAUUUUUGUCCUCCAUGGGCUCUGGAUGCUUUUCUCAAGCCUCCGGGAGGGCGAAAACAGCCUCCCCAGGCUCCAGAGGCUCUCUGGAGGCUGGAAACAGGCCCGAACUUCCGGUGGGCCCCUUUUUCACCCUCCCCGAGCCUCCAUGUGCACCCUGCAUCCAAAAUGGGCCGUGUGGGGACUCCUGGGAGGGGCAGGGUGGAUGGGGCCAGCCAGGAGUGGGAUUUGGGAGUUCUCCAAACUGCACAGAAUCUUAGCUAGAGGUUUUCCCGAGCCCCUCCGAACCCCCAGCAGCCCACCCCUAAACAGCUUGCUUUCUGGAGUUGUGGGUACUUCGUCACUGAAGGUUUACAAGAAAAGAUUGGACAGUCAUUUGUCCUAGAUGAUAUGUGGUCAUCUGGCCUUGGACUAGUUUGACCAAAAGACCUUCAAAGUCCCUUCCAGCCCUAUGAUUCUCUCUUCCCCCUAUCAUGAUCAAAUGGCAGAUUUAACUUUGAUGUUCUCCUGGUCUUCAAGAGGCCUUCUGAGUAACUGAGGAGACCGUUGGUUCAAUAAAGAAUAGCCCAGAUAUAUUUUCAUUUUCAACUCAUGAGAAUCCAUUCGUGAUCUUCGUAUGUGCGUGAUUCAAUCAAUUACAGAUCAGUCAUCUCCGUCAAAUUGGGAAAUUUAUGAUCCUCCAGAUCGAUGAGAUGUUCUCUGUUUCCUAAAUAGAUUUGUUACAUUAUUACAGACUCUCAUAAAUUACCUCAGGGGAACCAUUUCAAGGAGACCUUGAGCUACAAGUUCUUGAUUGACACGAGCUUAGUCUAUUUGCUGUUGAAGGACUUAAAUCAGGGAUGUCCAAUCUGGCAACUUUAAGAUUGGUGGACUAACUUGCAGAGCUGACUGGGGAAUUCUGGGAGUUGAAAUCCACCAGUCUUAAAGUUGCCAAGGUUGGACACGCUGCCUUAGAUGUUUACAUGGAAAGUCCCACCUGAUUCUUCUAAGGCAGGGAAGACUGAUAAAGAUGAAUCUUUCAUUCAUAAACACAAUAACUGGAGUUGAGAAUGCAAAUCUAACCCAUUUCUGGGUAACAAAGUUGGAAGGGACCUUGUAGGUCAUCUUAUCCACCUCCAUGCCCAAGCAGGGCAUUAUUUACACUAACAGAUUUUUCUACAAUGGCAUUUUCAAUGUCAAGUUAUUCAAGAGGAUACUUCUAUACUAGUGUUUCUCAGCAAUUUUAAGGAGUUUGGACUUCAGCUCCCAGAAUUCCCCAGCACGCUGGCCUGGGAAUUCUGGGAAUUGAACUCCAAACCUCUUAAAAGUUACCAAGACUAAGAAACACUGUUCUAAACAGUUUCUGUGACUUUGGAAGGUUGUCAAUAUAUUUCCUUGAAACAAGACAAAUCUCAGGUAUUUUGUACAGAAUGGUCAUAUUUUAUUCAAAUUCAAUUUUUUAAAAGUAGAAAUUUGAUUUAUUAUUAUUUUUUUGGCUCGAAACAAAAAAGCUUGGUCUGCCUGAGAAUGAUUUGACUUUUUUUUUUAAAGUUGAGCAGGGAAAUUGAGCACAUGUUCACUUUAAUCUUUAUAGUUGCUGUCCUUAAUUGCUUGCUUCUCUUAGUCUUUUAAUUAGUGCUAAAACAUGGAGCAACAUUUAAUGUAUUAGCACUGUAAUGCUGUAAUGCUAAAUCAAAUACUAACAGUUAUAAUUUGACAAUGAUUUAAACCUCAUCUCUUUUACAUUAAAAAAAACCUCCAAGGGCAUAUGAUGCUAUAGUACAUUUUUUUUUAAAUCUAGGAGGAAACUCUGAAGCACUGCUUUUGUUUUGACGAAGGCUUUUAAAGUCUUAUUGUGAAUGACUGCUAACUUCUAGAAUUGUAUUCGUUUUGGUGACAUUUUACUAAUAUUUCACUGUUCUUAUUAAUCAGAGCUGUACAUUUGUUUUAAUUCAAAGCGGUUAAAAGGCAACAAUAUUAAUAUCCCAGUUGCCUACCAGAGAUUUUAAUAAAGAUGUGCUAAUAUUCAAAAUAUAUUUUUUCCCAUCAAAUCAUGGAAAGAAUACGAGAAGGAAGAGCUUGAAAAUAGUGGGCCGUCGUGGCAUAAAAAAAUCAGUAAUCUGCUUAUAGCUGAACAGUGGAAAAAUUUGCUUAGAUUUACUGUAUUUUUUGGAAUAUAAGAUGCACCUUUCCCCCCCCACCUUAAAAGUGUGUGAAAAUUUAAGUGUGCAUCUUAUAGACCGAAUACAGGCAUUUUUGGCCUCCUGAACCUUCUGUGUGUCAUGUUUUCGCCCUCCCUGAUCCCCAGAAGCACUCUGAAGGCCAAAAACAGGCACGUUUUGGUGAAAACAGGCAGUGCAGAGCACUGCAGAGUCUUCUGGGGGCUGGGGAGGGCAAAAAUCCGAUGCACGGAGGCCAAAAACUAUUUUUUUCUUGUUUUCCCCCUGUAAAUUUAGGUGCUUCUUAUAGUCCGAAAAAUACGGGUAUUUUUCUAGCUACUACAGGUAAUCCUGACUUACAUUUGUUUAGUAACCAUUCACGGUUGCAAUGCCACUGAAAAAAGUGCCUUAUGAACUGUGUUUCACACUUGCGACCACUGCAGCAUCCCCCCCGAUCACAAAAACAAAAUUCAGGUGCUUGGCAAUUGACUCAUACUUAUCACGGUUGCUGUAUUCCAGGGUCACAUGAUCCCCUUUUUGCCACUUUCUGAAAAGCCAAGUCUGCAAGGAAGCCACUUAACAACUGGGUUACUAACUUAACAGCUGUAGUGAUUCACUUAACAAUGGUGGCAGGAAGGGUCAUAAAAUGAGGCAAAAUUCACUUAACAACUAUCUCGCUUAGGAAGAGAAAAUUUGGGCCCAAUUAUCGUUAAUUAAUUUUGGUCUUAGGCAGCGGUUCUCAAC